GAGAGAGAGAGAGAGAGAGAGAGAGAGAGAGAGAGAGGAGGUGGAGAAGGAGAGACAGAGAGGAGAGGGAGACAGAGAAGAGACAGAGACAGGGAGAGGAGAGACAGCAAGAGGAGAGAGACAAAGAGAGAAGAGACCCAGAGACCCAGAGAAGGACAGAGACGGGGAGCGAGACAGAGGCGGGGUGGGGGGUGGGGGGGUGAACAUAUGACUCAGUAACUUUGGAGCCGCCGUGUUUUCUCCCCUGCGAACCCGGGAGCCUCCCAGGCCCGCUCGGCAUGUAUUCGUCCCCGCUGUGCCUGACCCAGGAUGAGUUCCACCCAUUUAUUGAGGCCUUGCUGCCGCAUGUCCGAGCAUUUGCCUACACCUGGUUCAACCUACAAGCUCGGAAACGCAAGUAUUUCAAGAAGCAUGAGAAGCGCAUGACGAAGGAUGAGGAGCGGGCAGUGAAGGAUGAGCUGCUGGGAGAGAAGCCUGAGGUCAAGCAGAAGUGGGCGUCCCGACUCCUGGCCAAGCUGCGCAAGGACAUCCGGCCCGAGUGCCGAGAGGACUUCGUCCUAGCCAUCACAGGCAAGAAGCCUCCAGGAUGCGUCCUCUCGAACCCCGACCAGAAGGGCAAGAUGAGGAGAAUCGACUGCCUGCGCCAGGCAGAUAAGGUGUGGCGGCUUGACCUCGUCAUGGUCAUCCUCUUCAAGGGCAUCCCCCUGGAGAGCACCGAUGGGGAGCGGCUGGUCAAAGCUGCCCAGUGUGGCCACCCCGUGCUUUGUGUCCAGCCCCAUCACAUCAGUGUCUCAGUGAAGGAGCUUGACCUGUACCUGGCCUAUUUCAUCAGAGAAAGAGACUCAGAGCAGAGCGGCAGCCCCCGGGCAGGAAUGGGCUCUGACCAAGAAGACAGCAAGCCCAUCACACUGGACACCACAGACUUCCAGGAAAGCUUUGUUACAUCUGGGGUCUUCAGUGUCACCGAACUCAUCCAGGUCUCCCGGACACCUGUGGUGACAGGCACGGGACCGAACUUCUCCCUGGGCGAGUUACAAGGGCACCUGGCCUAUGACCUGAAUCCUGCCAGCACGGGCAUGAGAAGAACACUGCCCAGCACCUCCUCCAGUGGGAGCAAACGACACAAAUCAGGCUCCCUGGAGGAAGACGUAGACACGAGCCCCGGCGGGGAUUACUACACGUCACCUAACUCCCCGACGAGUAGCAGCCGCAACUGGACGGAGGACAUGGAGGGGGGAAUCUCACCCACAGUGAAGAAGACUGAGAUGGACAAGUCCCCCUUCAAUAGCCCAUCGCCUCAGGACUCACCCCGCCUCUCCAGCUAUACCCAACAUCACCGGCCUGUCAUCGCUGUGCACAGUGGUAUCGCCCGGAGCCCUCACCCCUCCUCCACGCUGCAUUUCCCAACCACCUCCAUUCUACCCCAGACGGCCUCCACCUACUUUCCCCACACUGCCAUCCGAUACCCGCCUCAUCUCAACCCCCAGGACCCCCUCAAAGAUCUCGUCUCCUUGGCCUGUGACCCAUCCAAUCAGCAGCCAGGACCGUUAAAUGGAAGUGGUCAAGUCAAAAUGCCCAGUCACUACCUUUCCACCCAGAUGCUGGCACCACCACCGCCCCCAGGCAUGCCCCGGCUGGCUAUCUCCCCUGACACCAAAUCUACCACCACAACUUCCGAGGGAGGAACCACAUCGCCGACUUCACCCACCUACUCUGCGCCCAGCACGCCCCCUGCAAACCGUCCCUUUGUGGGAUUAGGACCAAGGGAUCCAGGGGGGAUUUAUCAGGCACAGGGCAUCCACCUAGCAUGCUGGGGGCCGUCUUUUCAAUCUCCUCGCCUUUCAGGGACACCAGUGGAGCGUGCAGGCAAUCAGUCCUGGUAUCUGGGAUAAACAAGGUUCUCCCCACAUGUCCCUUCUCCUGUGUCUCGGGGCUAUCCCGGGGGGAGAAAGGCAGCCCCCCGGCCCACGUUUUCGGUGGAGAGCUAGUGCGAGUGAGGACGUCCUCCCAGCCACCCCCGCCAACAUCCAACCCGACAAAAAAAAACAAACAAACAAAAACACAACAAAAAGAGACAAACAAAAAACAAAGAUGAAAACAAGAGGUAAGACAGAAAAGUCAGAGACUCUCUCCGAAGAGCGAGUGAGGUUCCGCGCCUGGCAGUCAGGAACAUCGUCGCCUAGUCCCCCAGCGACAGACACCCCGGCCAAGGGACAGGCCCCUUGCGUCCAACGGGCACUGCCCAGAGACGUAGGGCCCCGGGGGGCAGCCUAUGCAAAACGGUGUCUUUCUAAUUUAUUCAUCUCCUCUCCACCUGCCACAACUGAAGAAAGGACCGGAUGCCCAGCCUGUCCCCCCACCCUGACCCAUGCUCCCAUGCCUGCUCCCAGGACAGAUGGCUGCUUGCUCCUGUUGGCAUUGGGCAGGCUGAGGGCAGUUCCCAUUGGCACCAGCGGCCAUCCCUCUGCCCAGGGAUGAGCAGAUUAAAAAAACAAACAAAAUUGUGCUUUGGGUUAGCUCCCAGACCCACUGUCCAGACUCGUUAACCAGAGAGAGGUGAGCAUAUCCCUAAGGCCCACCACGGAGGGGCAUCUUGAGGUAAAGGAACUGUACCAGGUGCAUUCUCUUCCUACCCAUGUGCCCUGACUGCAGACAAAUCAGCUGAUAUCCCCUUCCCCUGAACUCCCAUUCUGGGGCCAGAUGGCAGCAUUCCAAAGAGGCUGGUGCCCAUGAUGCUUGCUAUUUGCCAAGGAGGUCAAGCAGCAACCUCCCAUCUUCCCCAGCCUCCUGGGGAUCAGGGUACUUGUCAUAAGUGGCAGACACACCUAUGGGGCCUAAUGUUCUAUGUGCUGUGGAAGGGGUAAGGAGCGGAGAUGGGCACAGUAGGGUCUCUCCUGGUGGUUCCAGACAUUGUAAGGGUGGCAAUGGUGGCAGGGGAGAAAGUGGCUCUCCAAGAUGUUUGGGGAAUUAAGGUAAGGGAGGAAGCCACUGACAGUGUCAGAAGGUUGGUUAGAGUUACACAGAGUGGGCAGGGCUUGGUGGUACAGGGCCCCUUGGUGAGAGGAUUCAGCAUGGUCUAAGCUUAAAAAAAGGAGCCCCAACCAAAUUCUUUUACCCCAAAAGACUCAUUGAAAACUCCCCAUUUCCUGCACCAUAUACAGAGACAUCUAAUUUGGCUUAAACUUGGUCCUGGACCACCCCCCUCACUUCUGUAUUUCUAUCUGCCUGGGACUCUUUCUUUCUUCAUGCCUACCCCAUUUGGGAGAAAAGGUCUAUGCAAUCAGUCCCACAAUAGCUUGGUGCCCUGGAGCCUGGGACCUGGAAACUGAAGGGACUAAGGAAACAGGUGGCCCGCCAAAACCCGUGCCCCAAAGCCUAAUGCCCUGGGGAUGAUGUUGUACGCGCUGCAAAAGAUGCACUUUUGGAGGACAGAAAGGGAAGGAGAAGCCACCAUAAGACAUGCCCCUUACCCACCUGCUGUUCCCAAGACUUUAGUCCUACCCUUAAGGAUCUUGACAGGCCUCCCAGAGAGGAGAGGUUAUGGGCUGGGAAUGGGAAUAACAGGUCCCCACCCUCUCUGACAAAAACUUUCUCCCAAUCUCCUUCCCCACCCUAUCUAACUGGGCUGUGGAGUGUGCGCGAUUAAGUGCCUGAAUCCUGGAUCGCUGCCCUCAGCUCCUGCCCUCCCACACCCCCAACUCACAACAGCGCCAAGUGAUCAUGGAUGGCCUAGAGCCAAGAUCUGGAUGGCCCUUCGCCCUCCAUGCCCACUCAAGGCACCUCCACCUCCCUUCCUGCCAACUCCUCAGAACCACCCCUUUUCCUGGGCCCUGCUGGUUCCCUCUGCGCCAUCACUGAGAUACCUCACCAAGGGCCACUAAGAGAUGCUGGGGUCCCUGGUUUUCACCCAUUGGUGUCUGGGCCUCAGGCCUCUCUGAUUUCCAGGGAUACAAAGACUCUCCCUAGGGAAGGAGGAAGGGGACACCUCCUUUCCCAAUGGUCCUUGCUCCCUAUUCAACGAGGUAUCUCUUUGGGUCUCAAAAACCCUCAUCUCCUUACCUCCACCCACAGCCCAAACCAGAGAGAUGGGAGACUGAAAGACAGAGUGGGCAUUUGCCCCUGCCAGCCAACCGCCCGUCUGGGACAGUGGAGAUUGGGGCUAAAAGGGGUCAGGGAAACUGCUCCCUUUCCCCCAGUUCCCCACUGCCCCCUCUGCCAGUGCCUUAAAACCAAGAGUGAUGCCCUUCCCAUUUCCAUGCCUCCUUCCCCUCAUGCCUAUGCCUGCCCUUCUCCCCAGCUCAGCCCAGGCCAGGCCAAGGGGAACUGCCCCACUGCACUUUUGUCUUCCCUGUUGGCUCUUGGGAGUAUGAGAGAGAUUGGAAAGGGAGAGGUCACUUGGUUUAGUCCCCUACUCUGUGACUAAUCCCUGCAAGAGCUGGGGUGAACCCCACUAGGGAGGGGAGGGGGGAAUGGAGAGAGGUCCUGUAGUCCAGGUCCAGAGUAGGCCAAGAUCUGGCAGAGAGGGAGAGACUGCCAAACCACGACUGGCAAGGAAGGCAGUGCCCUGGCCCUGACUGGGUUUUCCCUACUGCCCUUGUGCCCAGGCACCCCCUCCCAUUUGCUCCCUCCUUAAAAACAUAUGCCCCAGCUGAGUGAGCAGUAGCUCAGGCCUGGGGUGGGCAAUCUGUUAAGCAUUUCCGUUGAGACGCUCUGAUAACACUAAGCUCAGGGAGCCAGCCCUAGGCCUCCCUCCUGCUCUCACCUCUGACCCUACCGCCCCCAGUCAUCAGGGGAGGGAGGAGAUGCCUGGGAUUACCAUUUCUGGGGUGCCCUUGGGCCCUAUGAGACCCAUCUAACCUCUCUAGAACUCCUUCCCACUGGUCUCGGAGGGGCCCCUUCUUUCCCUCCGGGGGGGUCUGAGCCAUCUGUGGGGCACUGAGCCGAAGGGGCUCCUCCCCACCAUGGGAAUCUCACUCUUGGGCCCAAUCCCACUUUCCUUCUUUCUCUCUUCUCACCCACCCACUGCCACCUCUUCCAGAGACCAUACUUUCCUCUCAAACUGGCACAAAGGCGUGGCAAACCCAGUUGAUCCAAAACAGAAAGACCAGAGUUUCCUAAGCUCCCUCCUCAGUUCCUCUCCCUACCCUGUGCCAUCCUUCUCAUCCUCUGGAGCUUCCCUGAUGGCAACUUUGUCACCCAGUGGCAGAGGGUGCGAUCUUUGUGCACUUAACCCUAUUGUCCUCCCCACCCCCAAGAGGUCUCCAAGCCACUGGAUGGGGUUGGCCUUUGGGACCUGAAGUGAGCCUCUCUUGGGGGGUGGAUGGGUGAAGUGUGUGUGUGUGUGUGUGUGUGUGUAUGUGUGUGUGCGUGCACACGCGUACACAUGUAUGUAUGUCUGUGUUGGGGGUGGGGUGGGCAUUGGAACCUUCGGUACAGGCAACCCUAGCUCCCUAGGGUUUUAGGGGUGGGGUGGGGAAGGACCGCAUUCCAGGCGGGACCUUGCGGAACCAAGCUGGGCUAGCAAGUUGGCGGUCAAGGGGAGAACUCCAAGCUAAUAAAACUGCAUGGUGCUUAACCAGGAACUCGUGUGACCUAGCUCAAGCUGUCAGCUCGGAGCUGAUAAAUGCAUGGCAGACUAUAACUGGCUCUACCUUUCCCCCUCUCCACCUUCCCCUGCCCCGUCCUCUUUAAAAAAAAAUUAUAUAAAAAAGUGAAAAAAAAAUUCAUGUUUCCUAAUUUGCACGAAAUUUUCUAUCACAUGAUGUGCCUUGCCUUCCAAGAAUAAGUAUUAACUUUCAACGGUAUCACCGCACAGAGAUAGCUGCAUGCUCUGCUCGUGUAGUUAAAAUAAAAUCAAAUAAAAAAUAAAAAUGGAAAAGGGGGAUGUACUUCUAUUUGUAAAAAACAAAACAAAACAAAAAAAAUCACCAAACAAAAAACUCCAACCCAUCCAGCAUCCAGCCCUCCUCAGCUCCUUCUUUGGGCCUCACCUCCGUCCAUCUCUGUUCAUAUUUCUUGGGCCUAAAGAGGGGUUCCUCAUGUAAUGGCCACCCCAAAGCCUUUCUAGCUCUUGCCCCUUUCUCAGCUAUCUGCCCAAAGCUAAGCUUGAAGGGUCCAGGAGGCCUUUUGUUUUUGAUUUGGAAACUAGCAUCCAAGCCCUAAAGGGAUUGUCCGUGGAAGAGGAGGGCUGUGUUCCUACCAUCCUGGAUGGCCACCUCCUAGGGUGCUGCUCCGAGUUGAUUGUCUUCUAGGGUUGAGACCCUAAAAGAAACAACUGAGUCCCAGAGCAGCAUGCUAACUGGGAACCUGGCCCCUAGGGUGUCACCCAAACAGACAGCCACCUCCUAAGGGGUCACGUCAAAUGAGGUGGCUGUCUCUUAGAGUGUCAGCCUAACUGAAAAUACCUGUCCUCUAAGGUGUCACCCUAACUAGGAUAACUGCCUCCUAGGAUGGCAACCUCACUGAAACAUCUGUCCCAUAGCAUAUCAUCCUAACUGGAUGAUUGUCAUCUUAGGUGUCACCGUAACUGGGGGAAAAAAAAAAACACUUGUCCCUCAAGGUAUUACUUUAACUGGGAUGGCUGCCUCCAGCAUGGUAUCACCCUGAUUGAAACAUAUGUCCCCUAGCAUGUCACCCUAGCAUGUCUGACUGCCUCCUAGGGUGGCACUCUAGCUGGGACAAUUAUCUCCCAGGGUGUUACACUAGCAGAGAUGAUAGAUCCCUUUCAGCUCUAAAAUUCUAUAGUUCUGACCAUCUCCUAGGCAGGCAGGAAGAAGUGAGUCACCCAUUUAGGGCUCAGGGUUUUACAAUUAUCAUUUAACACAGGAGAGAUGGUCAUUCUUGUGUCUCUUUCAUCUGACACCUUCCCCCACCCCCACAUAAGUUUUGCCAAAGCCCUUCCUUUCCCUUCUCCUCAUUCCCCACUUGGUGGGCCAUUUGGGGAUGGACUUUGCUCCUGUCCUGACAGCUUCUCCUUUGCUCCAUGUCUUCCAGUUGUGAAUACAAAUGCAUCUAGUAUGGCAAAAGUAUAUAUUUAUCUCUCUAUCUCUCUAUAUGCAAUACCUGUUUAGUCUCUGCUCCUAGGCUGGCUAACCACUCUCAGUGACUUCAUGGGGAGAGACAGGAGGAGGGUCCUAUAGAAGCUGCUUUGAUCUGGGAGGGCGUUGGAAUGGAGGCUGAUGGUCCCAUCUCAUUUUUCUGGGCAGUUUUGUGUAGUGUUUUUUUUUCUAAUUGACCAAAGCAAAGCAUGUUCUGCGUUUCUCCUCCCUUGAUACUUUCCCUACCCCUCACCCCUGGUUAUAGGGGUUCAGGGUUUGGAGUGAAGGGCUGAAUUUAGUGAUCUAAGCUAUGAAAUUAAGGGAAAGAACCGCCUUCCAGCUUCUGGUCCUCUCUUCUCUAGGGUACUCUUCUUCUUUGCGGGGGCAGGGUCCAGCUUCCAGCAAUCACCUAUGUCAUCAUUGGGUCAGGGCCACUCAUCAUCCCGCCCACAUAGCCCCAUCUUUUAUGAUUCUUGGGGAGUGGGGUGAUAGCUGAGCCUAGGAAUGAGAACAAGGGAUCACCAUGGAACUGUAGCUCACCAUGCAGGUCUUAAGGAGCCUGGACAGGUCUGAGACUCUUGCUCAUGAUGGCUCCAUGGUUCCUUCCUUAUCACCACCACCACCACCACCACCACCACACCUUCCCCCCACCCACCUCCCACCCUGCCAUCAUCUUCCUGGGCCUCCCUGGACACCUGCUUUUGGCUCUUGGGCAAGGCAGAAGAUUGGAGCCACUGGCUCCCAUUUCUGCCCAGUGAGACCCCCAGUUCAUCCUGGAUUUCAGUAAUUCUCUUCCUUUUCCAUCCCAUCAUGUCUUCUUUCAAAAGUGCCACUGAAGACCAGAACAGUGGGGGUAAAGGGUAUGACAAUUCCAUGCUAUCUUGUCUCCCCGAUCUGAAAGCUGUGGGAGUUUAUGUCUGAGAAUCAGGUUGAAUGUGACCGAGUUAAAUAAGAAAGCCCCUUUGUGUUAGCUAAACCAGAGGAAGUGGCCUAGCAGGUUCCUGGAGAGACCCUAAGGGUCAAGUCAGAAAGGGUCUUGCUGAGGUCAUUUUGUCCAGCUCCCUCCCUCCAUCUUGGCCUGGACCUCAUGAAACAUCAGUGUUCCUUAACUCAGGAAGGGUAUGUAGGGUUCCUCCAAGCCAGAAGCUCCCAAAGCCAAACACUUCCUCUUCUGUUCACUCAUUCCACAAAUAGUUCCUGAGAGGCAACAGCUGUUCAAGACUCAGAUCUGUCAUCUUUCAGCUGUCUUAAACACAGGUCAGGGCUUUUGUCAGUGAGGCCCCUGGCCAUACAUGACCCCAUCCUUUUCUCUUCUCUCCUUUUUCUGUCCCAGUCUCUUCUUAGUUGUAGAGGACCUUUCUCCUGCCAAUAAACAGGAGCUUUUGAUUAAAAUUCUGUGGAAAAGGAAAGAGAGGUUGGAAACCCAUUGUCUGCAUGGAAACUCAUGCAAAAACAAUGGCCUUGAGGCAUAGUGGACAUAAAACAUAGAGCUAAGAGGAUCCAGACUGGAGUGGCACUGAGGUUGUUGAGUGAAGGAAGUCUAGUCCCCUGCCAGGAGCUGCCAUGACCACCCCCUCUGCCCUCCCAGAGUACAAGAGGAUGUGCCAAGUCAGCAGCCCUGGCAGUAAGUGCUUAGUCAGUGCAUUUCACUCCUCAGGCUGUGGACAUCUUGAGUUGGGAAUGAGAAAAGAUGUCCUUCCUUUGGUAGAUAAGCAUCUGGAUUUGAAGGCUGAUGGACCCUUCCCAAAACCAAAGGAGAUUUUGAUCAAAAGACCAAAUCCUCCCUAGUUCUCGACUUCUCACCACCUCCUACCAUCCAGGUGCUUAGGGAAAUGUGGGAGCUCAUUCUUCAGCACUGGCCAGGUCCCCACUCCCAUGUGCCCCAUGAACAGAGGAAUACAGGCUCCCAUCCAGUUCCCCUGUGUUUAAGAUAUCUCAUUGGUCACCGGUUAUCUAUCUGCCUUCAGGGCAUCCAUCAUCCUGCCUAUCCUUCCUUCACUCACCAAGAUAUGAAACUCUGAAUGCCACCUCCACCCAUAACCUGGUAUGGCUUUGGCUGACCAAAUGGCUCAUCUCUUCCUGGUUCAGUGAUCGAGGGUUCUCAUUGCACUAACCUAUCCACCACCAGGUAGCUUUUUCAUCUGCUUUGUUGGUUCCUAGAAGCUUCAAACCUUUCAGGGCAUGACCACACACACACACACACACACACACACACACACACACACACACACACACACGUACUCAUGCACCCUCAGUGACAACAUUUAUGAGAGUUUCAAAGGGAACCACAUCAGAGACCACCCUAAAGGUCCAAUAAUGGAUAAAAUCCAGGGAACCAGGCCCUGAAGGGGUUGGUCCUGCAUUAGUUGAAAUUCAGGGGCUCCUUCUGGAUGAGGAAGGUACGACAACCAAGUCCUGACCUUAACUUCAUCUCCUGAGAGAAUUGCCCCCCACUCCCCACUAUAUAUAUACAUAUAUACAUAGUCCAUGUCCACCAUUGACCUAUCUAAAUCUCUUCCAUUUCCCUAUUUUGUGAGUGGGAAGGUGGUUCCUAACCUUGUUUCCUUAGCAGUUUAGUCUGGCCCCCCCUUCCUUCUCCCCAAUCUCUCCCACCCAGGAAGGAAAUAAACUUCAGAGGCAAGAUAGGAGAAGGGAGACAAGCUCUAUUUGAUUCAGUGAGGCCAGGAAAGGGGCAGAGGAAUGGCAGAGGGCCCAGGAAAUCUCUGACUAGCCUCUCCUCUCCCUCAGCCCUAGAGAGUACAGAAAGAAAGGGGCAUCCCUCCCCCCUCAAAAUGAUUUUCUUAUAGGGGCAUCAGGGGAUGAGGGGCCCCACUUUUCAGGGGAUAAAAGUAUUAUGAGUCUUUAUUCCUUUCCCUGAACUUCACACUCAUCCAGAUACAGAAGCAGAGGAGGGGCACAAAGGGGAGAGAGAAAUCUAAGCAACCAGGCAGUGGGCACCCCAAAAAGUGAGAUGGUAAUCUCUUCCUCAAGGUUCUGAGAUGGAGUUCUGAUAUGACCCUUUCCCUAAGCACCUAGCACCAAACACCAGUGUUCUGAGGCCCAAGACUUCCACCCUUCUCAGAGGCCCUCCAAAUCCAGAUGGCUUUGGCCUUCAAGCUUGGCUUUUCUUGGCCUAGCAUUCAUGCACUACAAUGGCUAUCUUAGUGACCACAGCCCCAAGUUGGAUAAGAGAACCAGAGUUGGGGUGGGGGUAGAGGGUGCAGUGAGAGAGGUGAGCCCCACAAAGACCUAUUCACCUAGACCAAAAAAUUCCAGAGUCCUCUAAUAGUGUUCCUUAGGAAGUAUCUCAAAUGGAUAAAAUCGAAGCUGCCUCCUUCCCCAUCUGACCACCCCCAUCCCAGGCCUCAUUGAUGGUACUUUAAACUUUAUCAUCCACUCGCAAUUUUUUGUGAUAUGGAUUAUAAAUUGCUGCUCUUGAGGGGUCAGUUUCUCUAACUGGCACAUCAUCCAAGAACCUUGGUUUUGCUCUUCAUUUUUGAGGGGAUGAACAUCUUCCUCCCACCUUUAUCUCCUCCUGUCUGUAUCCUCUCCCACACCAUGCCAUGCAUCUUCCCCCUUCUGCCCACCAGGUAUCUGGGAAGUGGUAGAUUGGCUGCUAGAAUCUCUUAUCAGCCUCAGUUCCCCCCCACCACCACAAAAUAUGUCUCCCACCCCCAUAGUCUUCUCUCUACCUUCCAUUAUGGCUGGAUUAAGGUCCUUCUGGUGCUCCAUCAUUUAUCCAUGAUUAAAGUUAGCCACACAAUAAGAAGGCUUCUGUUUCUUUUCAAGGGAGGGAUUGGGACAAGAUUUUGGGACAAGAAAGGAGGGAAAGCCAACCAAAAGUCAAAGCAGCAGGACUGUUGACAUCCAAACCAAAAACCAAUUAUUCCCAAGCAGUGCCUCGCAAGUCCCUGCUGGCCUGGCUUUGAGGGGUGUUUCUCAUCUGGCCAUCUCAGUCCUUGCUUAGGAAGCUGCAGGGAAGGAGGGUGAUCGGCCUCCUUAAGAGGGUAUAUCUCAACCCUGAAAGCAUAAGACCAUGCUGUGACUCAGGUGAGGGCAAGGUUCUAGGGUGAUCUAAAGCACUUAAGUAUAGCUACUCGCUCCUCAGUCUGGAGGUCUUUGAAGCUGUAGAUUCCAUAUUUUCAGUGCCUAGGAACAUAAGGGUGGCAAAAACAGCCUGGCAGAAUCCCAGCCCUGGCUGGGAGCUAGAAUGGGAGUCCAUAUCUGUUCUUCCCUGUGGAGUGCACAUUCUAGGCCUGGAGUGAGAUGGGGGAACUCUGGAGCAAAAUUAGUCUGGAGGAAAUGGGUCUUGGGAGGGGAUGGGAAGCACUGAGUCCAUCAAAGACUUCUCCCCCCCACCCCCCACCCAAAGCAAUGCUCUACUCAGAGCCAUAGGCCUCCAGAGGCCAUCUAUGCUGUCCUCCAGGAAGGGUAAGAUUCUGCUUUACCAGUGAGCCCCUGGGUUUAUUGGACUGAAGCAGGGGCAUAAGGAGAUAAGUAGUGGGAGCUUUCCAUCAAGGGAACAGGUGGGCAAUCCAGGCCACACCCUUCUAUGUGAUUCCUAAAGAAAACCAGUCUCUAGCUCCCUUGGUCUCCUGUUCUGGCAUUACCCUCUCCAAGGAUCCCCAAAUUUUGGCCUCAAAUCUAUCUAUCCUCCCAAAUACUUGGGCCCCAAUGACCCCUCCCAACUACCACCACCACCACCAACAACAAAAAACCACAAAACAAACCAAAGGCUUUAAGAUACCCUUGGUCCCAACCCCAGACUCAUCCUUUCCCAGCUCCUGACUCAACAGAGUAGCCCAGGCUCUCUGACUUCUCUUCAAUGCCUUGGACAGGAGUUGGCAAGAGACAGGAGGGACAGUCCCCCCAACCCCAGACUUUUCUGUUACAGUUUCCAUAGCUUUCAUUUUGAUCAUUCAAGGACAAAAUACAGGGGAAAGGGGGUGGGGGGAGAGGGAGGAGAGAUGUUACAUAGAGUAAGAUCCAAUACCAGAGACAUCUCUCUGGGAACACGACAAAAUGGGGAGAAAAAAAGAAUUUGCUUUACCGGUGUCCUCUUCAGUUGUUAUUUUGUGUGCGUGUUUUGUUUUGUUUGUUUUGUUUUCUCCAAGAUUUCUUUUUCCAUUUUAUAUUUUAUCAAUAUUAUGGGACUAGUUAAUCUGUUUCUUGCUUCUUGCUUACUGCACCCAUCCCACAAUGCCCUCACACACAGAUUCUCUCUCUCACACACACACACACACACACACACACACACACACACACACACACACACACCAUGCAACAGAUUGGAAAUCACCACAGGCCCAGGACUGAGCUCUCUUAUCCUUGGCCUACCCAUCAACAAAUACAUACACAGUCUGCCCAAUUCCAAGGGCACCAUAUUGGGACUGGGAUGGGGGGAUGGGAUCUAACUCUGCCCUUCCUCCUUCCCCCUCCCUCCUACCUGUUCCCUUGCCUCCUGCCUCAGUUUCCCUCUCUCCCCUCCCCCUCUUCUGCGCCUCACACCCUAUUUGAUUAUAACAUUGUAUGAUGCAGCCCUUACGGUCUAGCCGAUGCGCCUACCUAAAUACCAUUUAUUGAAAGUGACGAUGGUUUGUUCCCUAUGCAAAAAAAAGAAAAAAUAUUCCAAAAAAAAGAAAAAAAUGUAUAAAACAUUAAACAAGCUAUGCUCCAACUCUA